CUCGACGAAUGUGUUAAACAAACAAGUAGUUAACAUGUUCGCUCUGGUUUCACCAGAUGGGAGGAAUGUAUAGAUCCGCGCACGGUCGGAACCGGAAGUUCCGUUGUUUGGGUUGCUUGGUAUAAACGACACGAGAAAACAGAAAAAUAGAAGACAGAGAAAGAGAAAGAGAAAGAGAAAGAGAGCGAUCUGCCUUAUCCUGGUGGAAGCCAAGGAACAAAGAUGGAGUCUGUUUACAUUAAACAGGAGGAGGUUCUGGAAUUGGUACCUGUCUGCAUUAAACAGGAGAUGCCUGAACUGGAGCCCGUCCACAUGAAAGAAGAGACUGAACUGCAGCCUGUCAACAUUAAAGAAGAGACUGAACUGGAGACUGUCCACAUUAAAGAAGAAGAGACUGAACUGGAGCCUGUCCACAUUAAAGAAGAAGAGACUGAACUGGAGCCUGUCCACAUUAAAGAAGAGGAGACUGAACUGGAGCCUGUCCACAUUAAAGAAGAGACUGAACUGGAGCCUGUCCACAUUAAAGAAGAAGAGACUGAACUAGAACCUGUCCACAUUAAAGAAGAGACUGAACUGGAGCCUGUCCACAUUAAAGAAGAGACUGAACUGGAGCCUGUCCACAUUAAAGAAGAAAUGACUGAACUGGAGCCUGUCCACAUUAAAGAAGACACUGAACUGGAGCCUGUCCACAUUAAAGACAAGUCUAUUGACUUGUUGUUUAAAAAUUCAGAAAACAUAUUCUGGCCAAAGAUACCACAUCAAUGUACUGAAUGUGGGAGGAGCUUCAGUGAGUCAGGAAACCUAAAAAAGCACCAGAGAAUUCACACUGGAGAGAAGCCACACCACUGUGCUGAAUGUGGGGAGAGCUUCAGUCAGUUAGGAAACCUAAAAAGACACCAACGAGUUCACACUGGAGAGAAGCCAUAUCACUGUACUGAAUGUAGGAAAAGUUUCAUUGACACAGGAAGCCUAAAAAACCACCUGCGAGUUCACACUGGAGAGAAGCCGUAUCACUGUACUGAGUGUGGAGAGAGAUUCAGUCAGUUAGGACACCUAAAAACACACGUGCGAAUUCACACUGGAGAGAAGCCGUAUCACUGUAUUGAAUGUGGGGCGAGCUUCAAUCGGUUAGGAAGUCUAAAAAGACACCAGCGAAUUCACACUGGAGAGAAGCUGUAUCACUGUACUGAAUGUUGGAAGAGCUUCAGUCAGUCAGGCACCCUAAAAAGACAUCAGCGUAUUCACACUGAAGCCAGUCUCCCUCCCUCCCAGUCCCUCACCUCUCCACUGCUUGUUUGAGUGUGUGGAGAGCUGUCUCAUUCCUUGUCUCUCUCUCACCCUGCAGUAAAUGGAGGGGGUCCCCAGGAAUGAGAGCCAGCCUGAAUCCAGAGACACUGAGAAGGGGAGCAUGUCAAACUGAAGGAGACAGACCAUUCUUUCAGAAUGAACUGGAGAGCCCUGGGAUUCAGCUCCACUCCUGCCCCUGAAUUGGAAAUGAAUCUCACUCAUCAUGCUGUGAGGAUUUAGGACAGAGUUACAGGGUCAUUCUACUUAGAAAGGACGCAUUUAUUUUUUAAUUCUUUGUUUUAUUUGAAGUGGUGCAAACUUUGCACUGGAGCAAAUGCUGUUUUGGUUUUGAAUGAAUUAGAAUGAAUGAAUGUGCUUUGCUGAGUGUUUAAAUACUGAGAACAUAAGAACAUAAGACAGUUUACAAACUUGAGGAUGUCAUUCAGCCCAUCUUGCUCGUUUGGUUGUUAGUAGCUUAUUGAUCCCAGAAUCUCAUCAAGCAUCUUCUUGAAGAUCCCAGGGUGUCAGCUUCAACAACAUUACUGGGGAGUUGGUUCUGUGUUCUGUGUACUUUGUUCUUGGUCCCUUUCAAACGCUCUGUACAGUGCCUUUUUUCUGUGAAUAUGUUUUUUAAUCGAUCUAUUAAAACAUUUUGUUUUAGAUUUA